AUGUGGAUUGCUUCAGCAUACAAUGGUAUGGAGAAACACGAUAGAAGGUUUUCUGGUGGCGAAAUUACUUGGUGUGCUCAGGCCGAUCGACUUCGAGAGAAAAAAUUGUUACAGAUGAUGCGAUUACUCCCGUUCCUGCUCCUUCUGCCCAUAUGCACAUCUCUCAACAUCUUGCUGUUCUUGUUGGGUACAAACCAGUUCGAGCGCAACACUUUCGAGUUCCUCGCUCAACAGCUUGCACUUCGACAUCACAAUGUAAUCACUGUAAAGCCAAUACUUGUCCCCGAAGAGCCACGACUAGUCAAACCAAAACUUCAUCUGGUCAGGGAGAAAACAUUGAAAAAUCUCUUGCCAAAGGAUUUGUACGAAGACUUGGAGAAGGCUGGGGAUGUGAUACCAUGGAAGACUGAUUACGAGGAAGAAGCCUAUGAUGAGAUUUAUUGGACUGCUCAUAACGUUAGCUGUUAUAAGAUGAUCAACUCGAAUCUGCUUGACACUUUGAAAAAAGAUGCCAUUGAUGUGGCCAUUGUUUACUCAGGCAAUCCAUGUCAACUCGCUUUGGCGCAUGUGUUAGCAGUUCCUGUAAUCUACUACGAUCUCGAAGGCCUCUCUGAUGAAACCCUGAUAGCGUCGAAUUCUCCGCUUGAUUUGAGUGCACCUCCAUCGAAAUGCUUCCUACCUGAGAUAAGCUCAUCCUAUGCACUUUCACGGCUACGCAAUGGAAUCUGCUAUUUGAGAGAGUAUCUCGUACAAAGUGGCAUUCCUCUACUAUCAAAACUGCUUUCUAAAAAAUAUCGUCAGCUUGACGAUCCCAUUUCUACGAUGUUCGCAGAGGACUACGAAUUUAAAAAGAGAUUUACCGGAUUUCCUCUUACUACUACGUUAUUGCAAUCCAGCUCCUUAUUUUUCGCCAACACCGAUCCUCUGCUUGAGUAUCCACGGGCUCUUUCGCCAAGAGUAAUUCCUGUAGGAGGACUACAUAUCGACCACCCUAAGCCACUAUUCGCGCCUUGGAAUACCUCGAUCGAAUCCGCAGAAGAAGGACUAAUCGUUGUAAGUUUGGGUACGCAAGCGAAUCAUGCAGAAAUGAAGGAAGCGCAGGUCAAAGCUAUCCUUGGAGCUCUUUCGAAACUCAAAAAGUAUCGAAUUUACUGGAGAAUCGGCCACAAAGUGCAGCUGAAAGGAGUUAGAGAAGAAGAUGUUCCACCACAUAUAAAUCUCACUGCUUAUAUACCUCAAAACGAUUUGUUAGCUCACAAAAGUUGUAAACUGCUCAUUACCAAUGGCGGUAUGUCAUCAUUAAUGGAAGCAGUGGUUUAUGGUGUUCCAGUGGUUGGAAUACCGCUUUAUGGAAGCAACAGGCAUAAUCUUCGCAAAGUUGUAAAUAAGGGUCUGGGACUAGUGGUAGGCAAGUACGAACUCACCGAACAGAAGCUCCUCAGUACAAUCAAAACGGUCUUGCAAGGGACAAAGUAA